AUGCCAAAAACCUCGGAUGCUUCAGCAGAUGCCGCUGUGCCGAGCAGAGAAACAGAACCGAAGGUGUCUGGCCGUAAGACGACGAUAUGCAUAAAAUGGCUCGCUUGCAUCCUCGUUUUGAUUAUCGGUGCACUGGCAACGGAAAUUUCAAUUACAUCAUCUUACGAAAAUGUUUCAUAUCAGCCCAGCGGAUCACCACGCUUCGCCGAAGCUGGCAACUACCGAGCAUGUCAAGAAAACAAAGCAGGCCCACUCGUUCGCAAGUUAAUGUAUGUAGAUGAGCAGAAGCUAAUCACAUUACAACGGGGAAAUAUCGAAGCCCAACUUUCAGACAUCCGUCGUUUGUUUUCCCAUACCGUAUACCCAGCUCUAGAACAACUUCUCCAGUCUGAAGCUCUUGCCAGCGAUAAAUAUGACGACUUUUCCGAUGCGAUAAAGAAAGCCAGAACGACAUUAAGUAUCGACACGGAACGGAAGACGGCCGAGAUCAAGAAGAUUGCUAGAAGUCUCGAAAAAACUAUUCAAAGUCCACCAGACCCGAAGGAAUGGUGGUGGAGACGACUAGCCAUCACCGCCAAGAAAGAAUCAUUCGCAAAAACCCAAAUAGAAGACAUGCAAUCACUAUAUCGAGCCCAUCAAGACACCACAAUGAGUACCAUCAGCCAGAUUCCGCAGCUAGGACAUACAGCCGAAAAAGCGCAUCGGCACUUGAGAGAAGAGGCAGGAAAAAUUUGA